AUGCGGAAGCUCGAAGAUGGAGGAGAGGAGAAAAGUGUACUCCCCGAGGAUGAGAGGGCAGCAGUGAAUGCUCUGGCACUGGCAUGGGACCUUCCUGUGUUAACUCAAAGUAACCAGACCUGGCUACUGCAUAAUCUCCUCCAGCAUGCAGUAAGUCUACACAUUAGGUUCAUUGUCCAGGAAUGAUUUGCUCAAUUGAAAGUGAAAAUGUUAGUUGUUCUUUAUCAUAUGAAUGGAAACACUUGUAUCCAGUCCAGUAAUUUAAGCUUUCUUGGUCCCUAAGGGUUACCAUUCCUCAUAUUCCUGUCCAGUUCCUCCUCCACAACUGAACAGUUUCUCUCCUGUCACUCUUAAAGACUUGAGAGAUGUGAUCAGCUCCAUGAAAAUGUCCUCAAGUCCUUUGAUGUUCAUCCUACUUCCAUGCUGAAAGAGGUUCUCUCCACAGUGGGCCACAUGCUCCUCACCAUCAUCAACUCUUCGCUGCAUUCAGGGGUGUUUCCGUAUUAUUUUAAACAGACAGAUGUCCAGCCACUACUUAAGAAGCCCAGCCUGGACCCCACAUCAAUGCAAAACUACAGGACCAUCUCCAAGAGCUUAUCUAAAUCCAAGGUCCUGGAGAAAUUAGUCGCCUGCCAACUCACCACACAUUUGACAACACCAGCUCAAAAGACAAAAGACAGCGGGGUGACACAGUUCAAGGAGCAGCCACCACAAGGCUAACCCGGACCAGCAGCAGCCACCACCAAGCUCAGCCCACCAACUCUUCCGAGGGGAACGGUUUUCAGCCGAACCGAGCCGACGGGUCCGGGUCAGGGCUCUGUCUGUGGAGGGAUCCGGUCUGAGCUGAACGGGCUGUCAACUAACAGCUAACGGCUAACAGAUACCUCCUGUCCAACCAUGCCCCCACUCACCUCACCAUCCAGAUGUGAUCGCUGCCUCCAGCUGAUCCAAACUAUCUCCGACCUGGAGGAUCGCAUCUCCAACCUCCACCAACAAUCUAUGAAAUAAAGUUCUUGGAAUCUGUCAUUGUCACGACAAGAGCAACUGGUGCCGCUGCUGAAGCUAAGCUUGACGACACCAUCCCGGUUGCCCCGAGCCAUCCCUCAACUCCAUGGGACAUCCCCGGCCCCCCCACCGCUCCUGAGGCUGAUCUCCUUCCUGACAUCCCGGCGACUCAGCCUCCGACUAGAGGCGCCGAAGCCCGCUGGCUGCAGGAGGGUGCAAAGCCCAAGGUGCCUCUUGGUUAUUUUACUCUCAACCCCAAACUGUGUAACUCCACUCCUGGUCCAUGGAUCCCGGUAAAAAGCAACACCAGGCUGAAGAAGAAAUCCCCUCCACGCCAUCAUUCCGUUGGAAUUCUUCUCUCCAACAGCUUCAGCCCUCUGGUCGAGCGGGACUUCCCCCUGCUCCCCACACCGGAGCGGCAGGCGCCACCACUUCUGCCUCGGCAGACAGGUGCGCCACGAUGCAUGCACUCCUCUGCUCCCUUUACCGCAGCGGCAUUCAGGUGA